GUGCGCGUGCACUGAGGAGCUGCGCGUGCUGGAAAGUGGAGCACUGAGGAUGGAUGUGUUUGGAUUCAGAUACACCGGACAUCUUCAUGAAGGUGUUCAUCUCUAAGAACAUUGCACUUAUCCUCUCAGUGGUUUCAUGAUGGGGAAGCUUCCCGAUGACAUUGUUUUUCUGUCCAGUAUACCGAAGGCUGCAGAUAUCACAAUAGCUGUUGUUUACACAGUUUUUGGAGUCUGCUCACUGCUGGGGAACAGCACACUGCUGUAUGUCUCCUACAAGAAGAAGCGUUAUCUGAAACCGGCCGAGUUCUUCAUCAUCAACCUGGCCGUCAGUGACCUGGGGCUGACUCUGUCUCUUUAUCCACUGGCCAUCAUAUCCAGCUUCUCCCACAGGUGGUUGUUUGGUCGGGUGUUCUGCAUCAUGUAUGCCUUCUGCGGUGUACUGUUCGGGAUCUGCAGCCUGACGACGCUCACCCUGCUGAGUCUUGUGUGCUUUGUGAAGGUGUGCUACCCUCUUUAUGGUAACAGGUUUACUGCGACUCAUGGUCGCCUCCUACUGGUGUGUGCAUGGGCAUAUGCACUGGUCUUUGCCUGUUCUCCGCUGGCUCACUGGGGCGAGUAUGGACCCGAACCGUACGGCACGGCCUGCUGUAUCGACUGGCGCUUGUCCAACCAGCGCAGCAGCGCCCGCUCGUACAUGGUGGUCCUGUUUGCUCUCUGCUACCUGCUGCCCUGUGUUCUCAUCGUGGCCUCCUACACUCGCAUCCUCCUCACACUCCACGCCUCCAGGAGAACCAUGGAGCAGCACAUAUCCGCUCCAACUCACCUGAGCAACAUCCACACCAUCAUCAUUAAGCUCAGUGUGGCAGUGUGUAUCGGCUUCUUUGCUGCCUGGAGCCCAUACGCAGUGGUGUCCAUGUGGGCCGCCUUCGGCCAGAUAAAAAGCAUCCCUCCGCUUGCCUUCGCCAUGCCCGCCAUGUUCGCCAAGUCCUCCACCAUCUACAACCCCAUCGUUUACCUGCUCCUGCGGCCCAACUUCCGCAGGGUCAUGUGGCGUGACCUGGGUCUGCUGCAGCGGGCCUGUUUUAGAUGCUGCCUCUGCUCCACCAUCCCCCAGCGGCCUUGCCGGUCUAAAACAGUCCCACUGCAGUCUCUGAGGAGACGACUCCACAAAUCCCACUCAGUCCAUGGCGAGCUACCGGGUUCCAGAGCUAAAGGAAGCAUGUGCGAGAGAUGCGGUGAUGCUUUUGAGUGCUUCAAACAUUACCCCAAAGCAUGUCACCUCGAAACCAGAGACAAUGGAACUUCACUACGGUGCCCAGUAGCAGGUACAAUACUGCCACUGACAGUGGGACUCAAACAGCAGCAUAAAUCCACUAAGAAGACGUCUGUUAGAACCAGGAUGUGGGGCAAACAGAGAGCAGAGAUUGAACAUUUCAAGAUUAGCUUGGAAACACUGCCUGUUCAUGCAAAAAUGGCUUGGCCGUGA